AUGGCCAAAAGCAAUCCAGAUGUGAUCGAGUUUGAGGAAGAUGAGCCUGUAUAUGAAGUAGAAAGAAUUUGUGGACACAGGCAUUCUAAAAUUACAGACCUUGUGGAAUAUUAUAUCAAAUGGAAAGAUUAUGAUAAUACUAAUAAUACAUGGGAGAAAGAAUAUAAUAUUUAUUCUCCAGGGUUGAUAAAGGAUUACUGGGCAAACCAAGAUUACACUCUCGAGGAUUUCAGAAACAAGAGACAUCGCAACAAAAAGCGUGGUAGAAGUGCAGAUCGACGCUCCAAUUCACCUUCAAAAAAAAGUCGUUCCUCUCCUGCUGAUAGUACGGAGCAGUAUAAAGCAGCUUUGGAACGUCAGCAGAUGAUAAAAGAAAUCGAAGCUUCUCAGUUAAAGUCAGCACCUCCUCACGGCUAUACUUGGGCAGAUAUUGAUGAGAUCGUUAACGUGUUCCUUGCAGGGAAAGAAGUUUAUUUUGCAGAGAUUAAAUGGAAGAACUUAGAUAGACAUACCUAUACACCAACAAGACUGUUAAAGAAGUACAAUCCACAAAAGUUACUCGUCUUCUUCGAAAGCCGACUAGAAUUUGCGCCUCCAAAUCGCCACUGA